AGAGCUAUGACUCAGCUGAGAAUGAAGAGGCGUAAGUGGUUCUACAAAUACCCAACUCGACAAAGUCUCCUUAUCUUGGUUUUAACAGUAUGGCUGCUUUCACUACUGAAACUUCUCAAAGUUGAGCGACUGUUGUUCUCUCACAAGGAUAUUUAUUUUGUAGAGCCAAUUCUGAGCACCUCAUCAUUUGUGAAGAACAAGUACCCCCACGUCAAAAGUCAUGUGCAGUAUGAAAUUAACUGUUCCUCCAUUUACAAUGAAGAGCCUGUAGAGAUCGGCAAGUCUUUAGAAAUUAAGAGAAAAGAAAUAAUUGAUUUAGAUGAUGAUGAUGUCAUAGCAAUGACUAGUGACUGUCAUGUGUACCAUAAAAUUAGAGAAUAUAACUUAAAGCCUGUUUCUCUGGAAGAGGAAAAAUUCCCUUUAGCCUAUUCUUUGGUGGUUCACAAAGAUGCCAUGAUGGUUGAGAGGCUCAUCCAUGCAAUAUACAGCCGUCAAAAUGUUUACUGUAUCCAUUAUGACCAAAAGUCAUCUAGCACUUUCAAACAUGCUUUGGACAAUAUAGCCAAAUGCUUUUCCAAUAUUUUCAUAGCAUCCAAAUUGGAGGUGGUAGAAUAUGCCCAUAUUUCAAGGCUUCAGGCAGAUCUGAAUUGUUUGUCUGAUUUGUUUAAAUCUUCUGUUCCAUGGAAGUAUGUAAUCAAUUUGUGUGGCCAAGACUUUCCAUUACGGCCAAACUUUGAGCUGAUAUCUGCACUUAAGAAAUUAAAUGGAGGAAAUAUGUUAGAGACGAUCAAGCCAAGUAGCAGCAAAAGGGAACGAUUUAUUUAUCACUAUGAACUUCAGAAAAUGCCUUACUUAUACACAAAGGUGCCUAUGAAAACUAAUAUCUCUAAGGACCCACCACCCCACAAUAUUGAGGUUUUUGUAGGCAGUGCUUAUUUCAUUUUAUGUCAAGAGUUUGUACAGUUUGUCCUUGAAAGUUCCAUUGUUCAAGAUUUUUUUGAAUGGUCAAAGGACACUUACUCUCCUGAUGAACAUUUUUGGGCAACCCUUGUUCGUGUACCUGGCACACCAGGAGAGGUUUCAAGAGCAGCUCCAGAUAUCACAGAUCUUCAGAGCAAAACACGUUUGGUAAAAUGGAACUACCUUGAGAAUCAUCUAUAUCCUCCUUGCACUGGUACACAUCUUCGUAGUGUAUGCAUUUAUGGAGCUGCAGAACUGAGAUGGCUCAUCAGCUAUGGGCACUGGUUUGCCAAUAAAUUUGAUUCCAAAGUGGAUCCUGUUUUAAUAAAAUGUUUGGCAGAAAAACUUGCAGAAAGGCAGAAGGAAUGGGUUGAUUUGUCUUCAGAAAAACUUUUUCUGCACAGGACAUUUACAGAUGUUUCAGCAGCACAGCCAACCCAUGACUGGUCUUUGCAGGAAAAAAGUUGAGUUACAUUGCUCAGCAUGCAUCUUAUAUCUACCUUGGUGGAAUCCAGUUGUCCUUUUAUAUAUGUAGCUAAAGGGAAGGUGUAUUAGAUGAGCUGCAUAGAGCCCAUGGAGCAGAUGUGGGAGCAGGGGAAACUAGAAGCAGUGGGUGAGGUUCCCUGCUCCCCAGCAGUAAAAAGCCAGUAAUAGAGGGCUUGUAGAAAUUUGCUUAACCCAGUGCUUCCCAAUUUUCCUGAACUUCUUUUGAACUUGCUCUAACUUCUCACCCUCUCCAAAUGAACACUGGUAAGUUGCCUGCAGCCUUUGUUACAUGCUAAGGUUUCUGAAACAGGGUGCUCAUCCAACAAUGGUAUUAGAAGAAAUGAUUUUUUCACCUUCCACAAAUGCACAGAAACAAUAAUUAGAACAACAUAGCAUUCCCACCCCCCCAUUAUGUUGAGGCUAGAUGGUAAAGAGGCAAUCACCUUCUACAAAUCUAAUGUGGAUUGGUGAAAGUUCUCUGAGCACUCCAGGAAUUUAUACUAUUUUUCUUGGUAUCCCAUGCCUUACAGUGUGAGAACAGAUGAGUUAUUACUUAUGUUGUUUGUGGUGGUCUGUUUUCCAAGUCUACAGGAUAGAUAGAGUUUCUAGUGCUUAAAUUCCUUCUGUGUCCAUCUGGCUCUUCUGAUUUAUAGGAUGCUACCACAAGGCAGAAUAAAUUUACAGCAGAUAUUUCAGUUGCAGUCCUGUUGUGCGCCCAGUGGUGCAUAGAGAUGAUAUGAGCCUUCUCUGUGCUGUAUGAGUCCUACAUAGGGCUUGUAGAAAUUUUUAAUUAUUUUGAAGAUUUCAUUGUGCUUGUAAUGGUUCAGUUGGAUGGGAUACAGGUAUCUUCUCUAUAGGUUGUGCUACUAUUGCAAUGAAUCCACUGCUGCAGUUUGGCAUUGCAUCUUCUAUCUCCCUACUGAUACCAGCAUUGCUAUGUGUGAGAUGGUUUACAAUAGCGAGGGACAUUUGAACAGUACAUUGGGAAUUACUGAUGACAACGUACACAAUUAUUCCAAGCCUUUGAUCUUUUUAGUUCUUUCUAGGCUGGCUACUGGGUUGUUUUUUUAUAUGUGCAUGCAUGUGUGUAGCAUUUUUAAAGGGGGAAAAGGUGGUAAGCCUGAUCAUGACUUAAUUCAUGCAAGCAGUGCCCUGACUAUUAUAGAAAACUUUCUGUUCUAUUUCAUUGAUGGGUAUGCAUGUUCUGUACAUGUCAAUAUUGUACAUUUCAACAUUUCCCCCAAGAGGUUUAUUUCUCAUCACUAUCAAGCAAAGGUGUCAUAAUACAGAUUCAGGAUCAGGGGCUUAAGGAAAUGUAACACUGUGGGUGAUUGUCAGCUCCAUUGUUUAAAAUAUAUAUUAUGUACAUGCACUUAUUUAUAAACCCAUUAUUUGAAGGCGGUGAGGAAAGAUUAUAGGAAGGAAGGCCUCUAAAGAUCUGUGUUAGUUUAGAAAUGUUUGUACAAAUUAUGGUCCCUCAGGAUCAAAAAUGUACUGAAGGAACACCCUAUCUAAAUGAAUCACACUGAGGUAGAAGUUGAGAGUUAACUUUCUUCCUUAACGGUAAAACCCAGCUGUGCCUUGUCUGUACCUCAGGAAAAUAGUCUUAUAGGCUGAAAUAAAUGGAAAUCAUAGAUAGCUUUUAUAAUGAUGUAUGCUUAGUCUACUACCUCAAGGAAGAUAUGCAGGAUCUAUACAAACCCAGGACUGAUGAAAAGUCUGAAACAGAGAAUUAUUACUUGAGGCCAAAACUGGUUAACAUAAUGUCAUUCAGGAGCCAAUUUUAUUGUUCCGGUUGUCAACCAUUAGAGAGGUUGGCAACUGGAUGGUAGUUGGCAAGUGCUGUUCAGAAAUCAUGGAAUGAUUGGGUAGGGGCUGAGCAAUCUUUGUCUUGUACAAAAUUGCCUCAAUUAUUGAAUAUAUAUGGCAUGAAAGCUGUCCCAUGUUCAGUUCAACUGCUGUUUUGACCAUGUGAAAGUUCCAUAUAGUGAAACACUGGCAACUUUUUCUUGUAAAUCAGUGGAACACAAGGUAUUUUAUAGCCAACCUUGGGCUACUUUGGGGGGGAAAUGUAUAAUGUGAAAAUGCUUCAAAUGUUUUAUAACACAUUAUAAAUCCAGUGUAUUUCAAAUAGUGGUGUGGUCUUUCUGUCUACGAUAUUUAAAUAGGGUGCUAGUUCAUUCUGCUUCCUCUCUGGGAGGAAUAUAUCAGUUACUACAGUGUAACCAAGCAUAAUAUUGCCAGUAAAAAUACUGAAAGAGACAGAAAUACAGAGACAGGACACAGUGGUGUUCUUAAACAUGGAAAGAUCUGGGGCUACAGAUUAUGUACAAUGUAAUUUGUUGAGUAUUGUGAGUUUCUUCUGCUCAUGUUCUACUGUGAUUUAUGUAUGCUUCACGUUAACUACUGAAUUGUGUGGAGGAAACUCAUGACAGCACUUGGUCUAUCUGUCUUUGGCCAGUUCCCACAGUCAUCUCACCAUCUGGAGCAGCUACUACAUGAGUUCAGUUUCAAGCAGCCUGCUCCUUGUUUUUCUUGUGAACCAGGUUUUAAAGGGAAGCUAAAUUUCCUUCUAAAGUUGAAAACUGCUGUGUGGCAAAGGUGCACACAUACGUUAGUACUUGAGUAGGAAAAGAAGGAGAUGAUGGUGAAGAUGAUUAUAUUGGAUUUAUAUCCCACCCUAUACUCUGAAUCUCAGAGCCGUCACAAUCUCCUCUACCUUUCCCCCCACACACAACAGACACCUUGUGAGGUGGGGGGGGCAGGCUGAGAGAACUCUUACAGCAGCUGCCCUUUCAGGGACAACUCCUAGAAGAGCUAUGGCUGACCCAAGGCCUUUCCAGCAGAUGCAAGUGGAGGAGUGGGGAAUCAACCCCGGUUCUCCCAGAUAAGACUGCACACUUUCAGUUGAUUUCAAUUUAUAUCUCGCCCUUCCCACCAAAGUGGCUCAGGGCAGCUCACAACAUAUAAGAUCUAACAUAAAUUUUAGAUUUAAAAUACAUCAAGUUACAGCAGUUAAAACAAUAAAACAAUAAAACAUAUAAAACAAGCGAUCUAUGAGAAUACUACACCGAACUGGCUCUUAGUGCAUGGCCAUGCUACCUUCACCUUCCUCUGCAGUGUGGAGAGGCUGGGGAAGUAAUGUGCCUGCAGCCCUCGCUGGUGUUGGUGAUCUAUUCCUUUUUGGGAUGUGAACUAGUGUUUAAGCACGUGGUGUCCCAGCUGCAUUCUGAAGGAGUACAAUCUCAGAAGGGCUGUGCUAUAUAUAUAAGAUUUUUCUGAAUAUGCAGCCUUAACCUUUUGAAAACUGAGACUCUGUGUGAAAGUAGUUCCAUAGAUUAUCAGUCACCCCUUUUUGUAAUUGGACCUUCAGUUACAGAGCAAGUCUGAAGUGAUGCUAGUCACAAAAAGAGCUCCAAAUUCCUGUGUUAUUUCAUAGCUUAAUUCAUUUGAAAAUCUUAUUUAUGAACUCUCCCAGGAGGUUCAGAUAUUUCACUGGCAUGCAGUUAUGAAAUCCUUAAUGCAUAAGAAAAGGUAGAAAAGAACUAUUUGCAAUAUGAGUGAGUAUUUUGGCUAAGACAAGUUUUGCAUUAUAAACUUUCUUUUGCCAACUGGUAGAAUAUUCCAAAUGGUGAGAAGGAAUAAAGUGCCCUAGUUCUCAACCCAUUAAUUCACAAAUAUGUAAACACAAGACACAAAUGAUCAGCUGUAAUUGUUUUAAAAACUUAGACUCAUAAUACAUUAUUUUUUAUAAUAAAACUUGAAAUUCCCUGUUUGCAUUA